CUUAAAUACCCAUACCUCCUCCUCCUUCUCAUUCCUCAAAAAUACAUCAGAGAAAGCUCCAAUCCAUUGGAGCCUCUCAACAUAUAACAUUUACUUUUAGUGAAAUUUUAAGAAAGAGGGAGUUAAGUUGUGUCAGGUUACUGAACAAUGGGUGCUGGAGGUCGAAUGUCGGUUCCAUCUGAGGGCAAGAAGUCCCAGUCUGAUGUCUUCCAAAGAGUACCCCAUUCGAAACCACCCUUCACUGUUGGUGAGAUCAAGAAAGCCAUCCCACCCCAUUGUUUCAAGCGAUCUGUCCUACACUCUUUCUCCUAUGUUGUUUAUGACCUUACAAUUGCCUUUCUCCUCUUCUAUGCCGCGACCAACUAUUUCCAUCUCCUGCCUUACAAUCUCUCCUACAUAGCUUGGCCGCUUUAUUGGAUCUGCCAAGGCUGUAAUCUAACAGGAGUUUGGGUCAUUGCCCACGAAUGUGGUCACCAUGCCUUCAGUGACUACCAAUGGCUUGAUGAUACUGUAGGCCUUGUCCUACAUUCUACUCUCCUUGUCCCCUAUUUCUCUUGGAAAUACAGUCAUCGUCGCCACCAUUCUAAUACAGGUUCUUUGGAUCGCGAUGAAGUAUUUGUACCAAAGGUGAAGUCGGGUAUUAGUUGGUUCUCCACUUAUCUUAACAAUCCACCAGGCAGAAUCCUUAUACUUCUUGUCCAGCUCACUCUAGGCUGGCCUCUGUACUUGAUGUUCAAUGUUUCAGGCCGACCCUAUGACCGGUUCGCUUGCCACUUUGAUCCUAAUAGCCCUAUCUACACAGACCGUGAGCGCCUUCAGAUCUUUGUUUCUGAUGCUGGUAUUUUUGCUGUACUCUUUGGACUUUACCAUCUUGCGGCAGCAAAAGGACUUGCUUGGGUUGUCUGUGUUUACGGAUGUCCAUUGCUCAUUGUCAACGGAUUCCUCGUAUUGAUCACAUAUUUGCAGCACACACACCCUUCAUUGCCUCAUUACGACUCAUCCGAAUGGGACUGGUUGAGGGGUGCUCUUGCCACAGUUGACAGAGAUUAUGGCAUUCUCAACAAGGUAUUCCACAACAUCACAGACACUCAUGUCGCACACCAUUUGUUCUCAACUAUGCCACAUUAUCAUGCAAUGGAAGCCACAAAGGCGAUAAAACCAAUAUUAGGUGACUACUAUCAAUUUGAUGGGACGUCGAUUUGGAAGGCCAUGUAUAGAGAAGCAAGGGAAUGUGUUUACGUUGAGCCAGAUGAAGGUGACCAGAACAAGGGUGUCUUUUGGUAUAAAAACAAGCUUCAUUAGAUUCUCUCAUAGAAUGUAAUACCAUGGCAAUCAAAGAGACUGGGAAGUUUUAGUCCCUUGCUAGAAGAGGCUUUGCUUCCCUUCCUGGGAUUUAGGCUUGUUUUUAUUGAUUUCUAGUGAACUUUCAAUUUUACUAAAAGUGAUUUCCUUAUUUGCAAUGAUCUCAAAGUACGGUGAAUGCUUCGUUAUGAUCAUAAAUCUCAAAAUCUUAUGGUUAAUAGAAAACAGAAAAAGUACAUUACAUGA